CAAGCCGCCAUGUCUAAUUUCGAAAGGGCUUUCCGUUGCGGAAUGCGUGCGUGGUACCGAACUGGCCUACGUUUAUAGGGAACUUUUGCUCGUGUCUAAUUCGUAAACAACGAAAAUUGGUAAAGCUCCUUCUUACUCAUAUAUGAGAACAUUUUUACUGAAGUUUGGGUUUCUAGAUGGAUCCAGAGGAUCGCCUUCAAAAGCCCCAGGCUACUGGAAAAAUUCGUGUUAGCCAUGGCGGGCGAAUUCGUGCUAAACCCUACUCGAGGAAAAAAGUUAAGCAACCUGAGGAGGGUGAAAAUAAAGCAGUUGCAGAAAAGGGAUUCCUUGGAAAGGUUGCUAGCUACGUUGUGCCACAAUGGAUAUCAAGCUGGUUCUCAAAUAGCAAACAGACUAUUGAAGAAGAGGAUCAAGGAAGUGAAUGCAGUGAAAACAGUGAUGAUGUCAGCAAUGAUGAUGAAGUUGAUGACAAUGAUGAGAGCAGUAGUUACAGUCAUCCAGACAAAUCAAAUCAAAUUCUAAUCAAGGAAGACCAGAACUUAAUGAUCUCAAAUCAUGUUAGUCAAUCUCGUCCAAAAAAGAAUAUAACUUCAACACCAAUGGUUAGAAAUAUGCCUUCUUUUACCAUCUUGAGCUCAGAGGCUAGAGAUCCUAAAGAGGGUUCAUCAAAGCAAAUGACAGAUGAAGUUGAAAGAAACAAUACCACAAAAAGAUCAUCCUUUCAAUUGCUUAGUGUUGAUACAGAUGAUGGUGAAGAUACCCUACCACCAACUAAGCAAGAGAGAACAGAGCAUGGUCCAUCUCUGUUAAAUUCUUUUCAGUUCUCUAUGGGUGCAAAACCAAGCGGACCUCCUCAACGGUUUCUUACAGCAAAAAACAGACCAUCAUUUAAAGUUUCAAGUUUUGUUUCAUCAAGCCCACUUAUACCUGAAAGUUCUGCAUCAUCAACUUUCUACCCUGGGAGGACCUCUUUUGGGGGUGCCUCGUCAUUGCAAAGUAGGACCAUAAAGCGACAACGGGUCUCCCCAGUUGCACUGAGUACCCAUUCAAGGAAGACCAGUAUCAAGCCUAAAUCCUUGUCCAAUUUAAGAAUGGGUGCUGUCACUAGUGAUACUGCAAGAAAGAUAUUGGGAGCAUUAGAGAAAAUGUCAUCUCCAGUACGAGAUGCAUCAAAGCUACCAGGUUCUCCCUCAUCCGUUCUAUUUAAUCCACCAAAAAAGAGAAAAGAAAGUUUGCUUAGCUCUCCUGUAAACCGUUCUAGCAGGCUUGCUAACAAGCCACCUGCUGGAGUGUUGAUGACUCCUCAGUCAUUACAUAUACAACAACUGGAAAGACGAAAAACUGAGCCGCAAAUCUUGAAAUUUGGAGAAAUAAGGCAAAGUGUCCCAGUUGGUACUUUCAAGUCUCGUGGGCUCCCUACAUCAUUUUCACCUGAAGAGAAUUACAAGGCAGGAGGGAAAAUGAAACAUCCACGUCAGUCUUCGCACCAAGCAGCUGUGAAGGACAUACAGGAAGAACCCGUCAACACCUUGCCAGAAAUCCGAAAUGCACCACCUUUAGUUUUAUCAAGUUUGCCAAAAAUCAGUUUUGAAAAUAUAACAGUCAGCUCUGCAAACACCCUUUCAGGGCAACCAUCAGUCAUCAAAACAAAAUUACAAACUGAAAAUGAUAAACAGGUUGUUGGAAGUUAUCAGUUUUCUGAACCUGAGAAAAUAUCUGAUGAAAGUUUAAAGCCAGUAGGAAAGGGCAUAAAAAAUACCUUCCAGUUCAGCACACCAGUUGCAAAAGAUGCUGCUGAGCUAAGGAAGGAAGCAAACAAAGAAGGUAGCAAAAAAGCGUUGGAGGGUAAUGCUAAAGACUUAUCAGAACCAAACAAUACAUGUGAUCAGUUAAAGUCUGAUGAAGUCAAAAAAGUACAAUCUAAGUCAAUGUUAUCAAGUAAAUUUAUGUCAACGAAAAGUGGUUGGGAAUGUGGUACCUGCAUGGUGUUCAACUCAGAUAACCAUGUGGAAUGCAUUGCUUGUAAAAGUAAGAAACCUAGCCACAAAGUCGCAGUUGAGAAGUCUGAGAAAGACAUUGGUGCAAAACUAAAUCAUAAAGAGCAAGUUACAUCGAAUAACAAAGACACUCUUCAACUGAAGAGUAAAUUUAAACCACCUGAAGGCUCCUGGGAUUGCCCACAAUGCAUGGUAAAUAAUGCUGCUGCAAGCGAGACCUGCAUUGCCUGCUCUACUUCUAGAAAUACUGUCAAGAAAGAGUCUCAGAAGUCUACAGUUAGCAGUUUGGCAUCAAAAUUUAAGGCAGAUGCGGGCUCGUGGGAAUGCCCAACUUGUAUGUUGCAAAACAAGUCAAUGAGCCAGGAAUGUAUUGCUUGCAGUGCAAAGAAACCUACAAGUGUAAAGGCAACUGGUAGUGCACCGGCAUUCGGUAGCACUUUAAAGGCAAAGUUUGCAGCAAGUGCAGGAUCAUGGGAAUGUGAUUCUUGUUUGGUUAAAAAUGACAGUGACAAAAAUGUCUGCAUUGCAUGCAACAGCAAAAAGCCAGAAAAUAAACGCACAACUUCAAGUUCUGGUUCUUUGCUGAAAGGAAAGUUUGCUGCAAAAGAACAAACUUGGGAAUGUGAGACUUGUAUGGUGCCAAACAAGGCUGAUGCAUUGACGUGUAUUGCUUGUACCACGCCCAAAAAGGGAUCUUCUGCUCCUGCAAAACCAACUGUUCCAUCCUUUUCCUUUGGGACUGGCUCUUCAAUCGGUACAGGCAGUACAAUUAAUUUUGGUGUCGACAAAGACUCAAGUAAAGGGCUUGCAUUCGGCAAAACUGCUGCCUUUAAGUUCGGAGAGAGUAGUGGGAGUGGAGGUGUAAAUUUUGGGGCUGAUGGUAAUAAAGGAUUUGUAUUUGGAUCUGCAAGUACUGGUUUUAGUGGGAUUUCUUUUGGUAAUAGUGAAAACUCUGUGAGCUCGGCUCCUGAAGACAAGGACAAAAAAGGUUUUUCUUUUGGCAGCACAAAGAAUUCUGGUGGAGUGGAUUUCGGUACGAACAAAGGAUUCUCCUUUGGUGCACCAAAGUUUGUAAUGAACAGUGAUGCAGAAGCAGGUGAAAAAUCUAUAAAAAAGACUGAGGAGAACAACAAUUUAUCUCAUGCAUCUCCAGAAAAAUCUGCAUUGACAGGUUCUAAUGCGGUAAAAGACCCUGAAAUAAUGCCUAUUUUUGCUGCACCAGUGAAAUCAUCAGGGGGAAUAAGGUCAAUUGCAGAUGCCGCCCAGGCAGGCCUUCUCAAGGUUCCUGGGGUUGGUGGUGAAACUACAGAGGCUAAAAGUGCAGUGAUGAAAGCCAAAGCAGACCCUUUCAAAUCGUCUUUCAGCACAACCUUGAACGGCCCAGUUCCUAAUGAUGUCAAUUCAAAAACGAAAAUUUUGUUUAAUGCAAAGGCGUCUGAGCAGAUGGCAAGUGAUAAUGCAGUACCAAAGACAGGUUCAAACAUGUUUGAUUUUGGAUCUGCUGAACGAAAGAAAGAGCAAAAUAUAUUUGGAGAAUCAUCUACAGGCAGUUUCAAUUUUACUACCCCAACUUCAACUGAUCAACCACAAUCCAUUGGUAACAGCUUUAGUUUUAGCUCGGGUAACCCAUCUUUAUUCAAGUCAGAGGAGGGGGUAGCUGGAGGCUCGCAGCCUAACGACCAGUUGGUUUCAAAAAAGCAGAGUCUUGAGGAUACAUCAAGCCAAGUAAAAAACUCAGUGCCUGGAAAGUUUAGUUUCGGUCAGAUUCAAGAGCAGAAUGUUUCAUCUCUUUUUGGAAAUUCGCAAAGCAGUUCUGAAAAACAGGUGACCUCGCCAUUUCAGUUCAACACAGGUGCUGCUAAACCAACGGUUCCAGUCUUUGGACAGAAUUCAUUAGCAGGUUCUGCUUCGACUGCAGGCAAAAAUCUUUUCGGUAAUAGCAUCGGCAAUCCUAUUCUGUCAUCAAAUACCACAGAUUCAAAAGGAGAAACAAACUCGUUUGCUUUCUCAAGCAACCCCGUACCAUCACUGUUCCAAAAUGUAAAAAGCAAUCAGGAAAAUCCGUUUGGCCUAACUAAUGCGCAGUCAUUCAACUUCACUUCAAAUUUAAAUAAAAACCCAGGCAAUUCGUUUGUUUUCGGUAGCCCGAAAGAACAGAGAACAGGGACCCAAGAUAUUGUAAAUCCAACAGGAAGCUCUGUCGGAAACUCGAUUUCAUUUGCUAAUUCAACAUCAGAUGCAACGGUGGCUAAGCCUUUUAGUUUUACUGAGCCAUCUUCAGGAAACCAGGGCAGCUCACCAUUUAAGUCUGGUAGCACGGAGCCUAGCAGCAACAUUUUUGCAUCCAGUACACCUGCCACAAACACCCCAGCUGCAGGGUUCAACUUUGGCGGUUCUCCUGGGACAGCUAGCUUCAGUUUUGGUGCAAACAGCAAUGCGAAUGCAGUACCUGCAUUUUCAGUUGGGUCUGGAUCAGCUUCACCAGCUAAUCGUCCCAUGCAUAAAGCCGUGCGACGCUUGAGGAAGUAAAUGUGAUGACCAUCUUGUAUGCCUCAAGACCAAUCCGACGUCUUACGCAAUCGAUGACAGCGACGGACAGACCUUCCGACUCUACCGUACGAUAAUGGUGAGGCAAUUGACAGGUGAAGUUAUAUGCACCCACUGUCAUUAAUCACACCCACCCGUCAGGAAAGGUUUUUGUAAGUGUCUCGUGCCCCACUGCCUGCAACAUGUGGUAGGAAGAUGGCAGAAAACAGAAACUGAACCGACACAGUGACGACGUUUACAGUCCAACUACAGGAUUUCAAGGCUAAUGUAGGUUCCUAUUAAAGUGGCGAUAUCAAAUUACUGAUUGAUGUGAAUAAUUUUUACCCCAUUUCCCGCUCUUUGUUUUAAGUUACUUUUUAAACCUAUUUUCAAAGCAGUUAACUCUUCUCCCAUCGUAGAUCUUUAGUUCAUUAUUCAGUCCUGUAAGAGACUGUUAUCCCUGGUGAAAUCGAGCCAUAUCCAAUCAUGGUUAGGCUAGUUAGGGGAACAAAUGACACAUGUUAUAAAGGUUUUUGGAAACAUUAUGACAACGUAUUUGUGACACCACCACCCCAUCCCCAACCCCCCCCCCCGCAAUUACUAUGGCUGUGUUUGUAAGAGGUUUUAAACCAAGGAGGACCUUUUGUUUUUAUUUAGGCAAUUGAAUAACGCAUCCACACUUCUCAGCUGAACGUAGUUUGUAAAUUCAACUUAAAUUUAGGUGUUGACUUCCCUUUGUAAGUAUCAAGAAUAAACGGAGAAAAACCUGUCAUUCAUUUUACCCAGCAGACAAUGUCUGUUUUCAUAAUUGUUUUGUUUACAAUUUCAAACUCGGGUAUGUUUAGUGCAGGUAAAAUAAUGAGCAGCGAUGAACGAUGUUGAAUUCUUUUUCUGUUCAAUUUAGCUUAAGAGGAUUAGUCGAGAAAAUGAAGCUUCUGAGUCUAGCAUGAAGCAUAUUGAACUUUGCUACCUUUUUUUUAGUCUUAGGUGUACUUGAAACAUGCAGAAACUCCCUACGAUAAAGUGCUUUGUGUUUCGCUUAAUCGCCCAAUGCUUUAAAUAGCGAUAUAUACAAUACAUUGAAAAUGAGGUCAACUCCCAGUCCCUCUCGUUGUGUCACCGUAGAAUAUGAUGUUUUCACUGUAUGUUACAAUUAUAUUGGCAGCGAAUUAGUUUUUAAAAGUCGUUCGAAUUUCAGGUAGAUCUAAAACCUUCCCCAGUCUGGAAAUUUGAAGUUAACAGCACCUCAUUUAUUGCCACAUAAAUAGUGAUUUGUUAGGUCGUCUCUUUGUAUGCGAGGUGACAUCUGUUGACCAAACCUACUUUUAUCAUCCUUGUAUGUUUGGUUUCGUGCCCCGACGUGUAUGGAAAGUAAUAAAGGGGCUAUAGUUUGUUGUUUAUCAGACGAACGUUUUGUCAAAUACACACAGAACAGAACACUAGAUAUUUUCACAGACAACUGCAAACAAACGCUUUAGUUAUUCUAAUUUUGUCUCUUUAAAUUUUUGUAUCCAUGUUGUUAGGCAUAAUUCGAUGUGGAUAGAGUUAUGAUCUUGCUAGAUGUGAUAAUGUAUAAAUCUCCAAAUCCUGACAA